ACUUGCAUGAAGUUUAAAGAGAGUCCCUGAUGACAGUCUGAAGACAUCUCCAGCCAUAGGAGGCCUUACUGCUGCUUUGCUGCUGCUGCCGCCACUUGGACGUGGGCUGCUCGGAGCCUCAGGAAGAUUGGACUGGAGCAGACACGGAGACCUGAGGAAGGGCUGAACCUCUCUGUGCAGCAAUGAUGGAUCUCCAUGUCAAAGAGGUCAAGGCUAGCAGCAGGAGGAGGGAGUGGAGCUGGCCUCUGUGGUUGGAGAGGCCGGUGAGUCUGUCUCUCAGCGCUGCAUGGCUGCGAUGGCGCCCGCUCUCACAGAAGCGGCAACCGAAGCUCACCACAGGUUCAAACUGGCGACGCCUUCCUCCUCCCUAUCUCCGCCGGCCCCUGCAGACAGCGAGAACGGCAACCCCGUCAACAGCAACGCCAAGCGGAAAGCCUUCGCCGACGACCACGGCCUGGAUUUUCGAAACAAUCCCAGGAACGAAGAUCGGUGCAAGCUGCAGCCUCUGGUGCCCUCGUAUUGCUGCCUGGAUGCAGCAUCUCGACCUCCUCCUCCCCCAGAAUCGGUGAAGCUGCAGGCAUCGUUCAGUAAGCGCGCUGUAAUUAAAUCGCACACCAUACUGUCCCAUUCCUUGCUGGACACGGGCGUGCUUAGGACUGAGCUACUUGGCGGACAACCAGCCUUGGAAUUUUCUCCUGGUCUCUUGAAAACGAUGAACACAAACAGCACCCAGGCUGCACUGCUGCCUCCCCCACAACCACCAGUCAACGGGUUGGCGAAGAAGUCCAGUGCCGGCCUACGGCAGGAUUCUGACCUAAACAAUGCAGGGACAGGGGGGAAGCCCCUUCCCUCAAUGUUUACCAGCUCUGGGUCCAACCAGCUGGACGAUUCUGGUAAGCUACCGACUGAGGUGUCCAAUAAUAACCCAAUGAAAAAGUGUGUGGCCGGGGAGCAGGGUAACUUCAGUAAAGAAUUCAGCACUAGCGAUGAGGGUUUGCCCAAAUCGCAAGCUCCCAGGCUUCAAGAGCUUGGCGGCAAUGGUAUUAACACUGUGUCCAGAUCUUCAACACAGGUCUCAGCCAGUGGGGUUUCUGGAAGUACUGAUGGCGGAAAGAAGUGUUCUGUCCCCAGAAUAAAUCCUGUUAGCAUUAGCACUCUGGAUACUGAGGUUCACAGUCGGACAUUGGUGGCUCAGGCCAGGCAAACGGAGAUUGAGAGGAGGGCAUGCAGGCUCCGGAAACGACUUGAAGUUGUUCAGGCGAAGCAGGUAGAGAGGCACGUGCAGCAGCAGCUGGGAGGGUUCGUGGAGAAGACCUUACACAAGCUUCCGCAUUUGGACUGUCUGAAAUACCAGGACGGGGCCCUGCGUAAUCAGCAGUCCGUUUUUGCCCGAAAGUCCGACUCUGCUGCGCGGAAAGGAGGCGAAAGCACUUCGGAAACGCUGGCCAACUUCUUCAAGAGCAUCACGGUGUCGAAGGGACUGGAAAAGUUUGUUUCGAGCUCCGAUUCCAAGCUACGGUUCACAGAGAAUGCCUUUGACUCGGAUGUUACGGAGAGCAGUUCUGGCGGCGAGUCUGACAUUGAAGAGGAAUCGUUGAGCUCGGUCGAGGUGGAGCAAUAUCACACACCGCUACGGCAACGAUCAGAAUGGAGGUGGGCUGUCGAACGAGCCGCGAUUGUGAGUCGCUGGAACUGGCUUCAGGCUCACGUAUCAGAUCUGGAGUACCGCAUCCGGCAACAGACAGACAUCUACAGGCAAAUCCGGGCCAACAAGGGUUCGAUUGCGCUCGGAGAUUCUGCACCCCCAGAUGACUCGAGCCGGCUUACAGCAAGCAACCCAGAUGGCGUCGAUUGCGUCUCUCACAAUGAAGUGAAGGCCAAUGGCCCGGGCAGCAAUCCGUCUUCACUGCCCAAAAUCCUGGGUAAACAGGUCCUUCUCCCUAUUCAUCCUGUAGAAAAUAUGACCACGUGUUCCACACCAACGGAGCUCACACCCACAAAGCCCUGCAUCCACCCCAGGCCGGUCAACGGAGUGGUCAACAGUGUCCACAACCUGCUUCCGGACAGCAGUUCCACCGACAGCUCAGAUGCGGAGGAGCUGUUGAACAAGAAGCAGAGGCUAAUCAUGCUGCCCGCACCUCCCGAUAACACCUGUGUGGCAGCCAGAGCCCGUCCAGUGCUGAGCUGUAAGAAGCGAAGGCUAGUCAGGCCCAACAAUGUCCAACCUCUCAGCAGGAAGGUGCAGCGUCCCCUCACAGUGAAGUGUAACUGUGACGUCACCACCUCGUGCAUCAUGUGCGGCUCCAGGAAUCCCGUCUCGCAGGAGCAUCACUACGACAUGCCUGUGUCGGAGCGCCUGGCACUGUUAGAUCCCUGUCUGCACCCGGUCCUCUCCUUCUCCGACGAUAUCCCACUAAACACGCACUUCCAGCCUUUGCUAAAGGGCCAUUGGCAAAAUAAACCACUGGAGAGGAGCAAAGCUUCCAAAAAGCUCUCACUAAAGCACCGUGGCUUGCUAACGGGCAGCUUGUCAGACCCAUCGCGAAAACUGGCCAACUCCAUUCUCACUUCAGCCAAAUAUUCCCACAAUAAGAAUCGGACAGAGAAGACGUUUAAACAGCACUCUGAUGAUCUACUAUGUGUCUCUAAGCUGGGAAGCUCGUGCAACACACACGGGCCCGAGAGACUGCAGAACAAGAAGAGGCAGCGGGAACACUCAGCGGAAUACACAGAAGGUGGCAAACUGUCCUCAGACAUGGGGUACAGCUCGAUGGUCAGCUCCCACUCGUCCUCGCACGCUACGCUGAUGCGGCAGCUGUCCACGUCGUCAGAGAAUUCCUCACUCAGCACCUCUCAGGGCACGGGAUACACGCCGCAACCAGUGCGACGGAGGAGGGGAGAGAGUUCGUUCGACAUCAACAACAUUGUAAUCCCAAUGUCCGUGGCAGCCACCACCCGCGUGGAGAAACUGCAGUACAAGGAGAUCCUGACCCCAAGCUGGCGUGUAGUCGGUGUAAAAGCAGACUUAACGAACCACAAAAUUGAGGAAGAGGAUCAUGAGGAGAUCGAGGAUUUUUCGGAUGCCGUGAUAGCUUCUCGUCAUUCAAAGUGCGAGGAGUUUGAACGUUCCAGGUGGACUUCGUGGUCUGCGUCACCCAUUAGCUCUCAGCGGCGCGGAAGCAGAUCCUAUAAAUCAACAGACGGACAAUCGACUCCUCAGCCGAGCAACACAAACCCCUCAACCCCCCAGUCUGCAUCCCCUGACGUCAGUUUUCACAGUCUGUCAGAGCUCCCACUCACACCUUCGCCUCACAGCCCCCCUGCGCCUCCUGUCAGCCCGGACACGCUGUCCGCAGCAUUCUGUUCCCUGUCUCGAGAGAACGUGCGGCGAAUUUCAAACGAGGAUACGCGCUGUUCAACUCCAGACGGUGGUCUAGAGGAACAGACCGUCCUACCGUGGGAGAAGCGAACGUUCCCGCUGGUGUCCGAGCCGGGCACGGAGCGAGAGGAGAAUCCCGAAUCCCGGCACAGGCAGACCCGGAACAGCCGGAGAGCCUCGGGGAGCUGCAAGGCCAACAAGGAGGCGGAGAGCAGUCCGCCCCAACCUCCACCCCCUCCAACAACCACCCUCCAGCCCGACUGCAAACAGAGACACUCUCUCCCCCUACGACUGGCACACAGAUAGAGCAGAGAGAGCAGGAGGGAAAACAAGUUUUAGUGGUGACUACACUUUGUUCUUGACGUUUGAUAUUCAAACAUCGCACCCCACCCC